UAUAGGCCCCUGCGUUAAUCUGUAGCCCAUAAGCUUCCAACAUGUGCCCAGUAACUACAUUUCUUGUCCUCGUGCUGACCCUGUUGGUUCUGGUCUACGUGUUUCUGACAUGGAACUUCAACUAUUGGAGAAAACGUGGCAUCAAGACGGCUCCCACAUGGCCAUUUGUUGGAAGUUUUCCCAGCAUUUUCACAAGAAAGCGAAAUAUUGCCUACGAUAUUGAUGAUAUCUAUGAAAAGUAUAAAGACACGGACAAUAUGGUGGGCGUUUUUACCACCCGAGUGCCCCAAUUGCUGGUCAUGUGUCCGGAAUAUAUACACAAGAUCUAUGCAACCGAUUUCCGUAGCUUUCAUAACAAUGAAUGGCGUAAUUUUGUGAACAAAAAGACGGACAUGAUAUUGGGCAACAAUCCGUUCGUGUUAACUGGCGACGAGUGGAAGGAAAGAAGGUCGGAGAUCAUGCCAGCACUGUCCCCCAAUCGAGUCAAGGCCGUUUAUCCAGUAUCGCAGAGCGUAUGCAAAAAGUUCGUGGAAUAUAUCAGGCGACAGCAGCAGAUGGCCACCUCCGAGGGAUUGGACGCCAUGGAUCUGUCUCUUUGCUACACCACCGAAGUAGUUUCCGACUGCGGACUGGGAGUAUCGGCCCAGAGUUUCACGGACACUCCCACGCCGCUGUUGAAAAUGAUAAAGCGUGUGUUCAAUACCUCCUUUGAGUUCAUCUUCUACAGCGUUGUUACCAACCUGUGGCAAAAGGUGCGCAAGUUCUACAGCGUACCGUUCUUCAACAAGGAAACGGAAGUGUUCUUCCUGGACAUCAUCCGGCGAUGCAUUACUUUGAGACUGGAAAAACCAGAGCAACAGCGCGACGAUUUCCUCAACUAUAUGCUGCAGUUGCAGGAGAAGAAGGGCCUGCACACGGAUAACAUCCUGAUAAAUACGAUGACCUUCAUUCUAGACGGAUUCGAGACUACGGCUCUAGUUCUAGCGCAUAUUAUGCUGAUGCUGGGACGUAAUCCGGAGGAGCAAGAUAAGGUCCGCAAGGAAAUUGGCAGUGCGGAUCUGACCUUUGAUCAAAUGUCCGAGCUUCCGCAUCUGGACGCCUGCAUAUAUGAAACUUUGCGUUUGUUUUCACCGCAAGUUGCAGCACGUAAGCUGGUCACCGAACCCUUUGAGUUUGCGAACAAGAACGGACGCACUGUGCACUUGAAACCCGGAGAUGUGGUUACUAUACCGGUAAAAGCUCUGCACCACGAUCCGCAGUAUUAUGAGGAUCCUUUGACAUUCAAGCCGGAACGUUUCCUUGAGAGCAAUGGAGGUGGUAUGAAAAGUUACAGAGACAGGGGUGUUUACCUAGCUUUUGGCGAUGGACCUCGUCACUGUCCAGGAAUGCGAUUUGCGCUGACUCAACUUAAAGCAGCUCUGGUGGAAAUCUUGAGGAACUUUGAAAUCAAGGUUAAUCCUAAAACCCGCUCGGACAAUCAGAUAGAUGAUACUUUCUUCAUGGCCACCUUGAAGGGUGGUAUUUACCUGGACUUUAAGGACCUUUAAAUAAUAGCAAUAAUCAUAGUAAGCUUUAAGCUUAAAAAACUGGAUAAAGAGAAGUUGUUUGCUCGAAAUAACAAAAAUUAAAAUUAACCUUGAUUAAUGCAUGAUAAUAAAAAAAAAAUAAAAUGC